CAUUUUUAACAUUUAUUUUUUUCCACCAAAAAAUGUUCAAAGAUUUCCCAAAAAUGUUGAAAAUGUAGACAUCAGAAGUUUCACUAUGAAAAUAUAUUUUUUUCCCAUAUUUUCAAACUUUAAAACGGGUCAAUUUUGACCCGCAGGACGACACGAGGAUUAAUGCUGCUGAGAAAUAACACCUACUAAAUACAAAUAUUCUCCAAAAAUCAUCAUUUAAAACCAAUGAAAAGCCGUUCCUUCACAGUUAAAGGUCUACACAACACCACCGUACAUCAUAUAUAGAUAUAUAUAGCCAGACUUUGAAGGAAUCUAAUCAUUUAUCUGCCUGUAGCUGCAGCUUUUGGUGACAGUUUAAACUUUACACAUCCCCACUUCUACCUUUAUAAUCCCACUUUACUAACUUUAUAACUCUGACUCCAUGAUAAAAGCCGUCGCUGCGUUCUUCUCGCUGAUGAAUCACCAACUGGAGCAACUUUCAAGUCUCUGCAUGUUGAUUUCCAAAACACACUGAAAUGAGCUGAAACCAGGGGAGACGGAAAAGUAGGGGAAAUAUGUUGGAAUAUGUCUGGAAAUCAGCCAGCAGAGAGCAAAAUAGGAGUCGUUCACAGUGGAUGAUGACAAAAUACUUGGCUGUGGACUCAUUUAGAAAACGAGUUUUAACGUCUCUGUUGUAUCUCUGAGUAGAACUUAUCAAAUCUGAAGUCAUAUUAUCACCUAAUCUUGAUUUAAUCUUGAUGAAAGCCCGUGUAAACAGAAAACACAGAAUUUAUUGAUUUGUGCAAAGAAAACAGAUUUUUCUGGUUUUCAACAUCUGAAUUUGAAUAUUUUCACUUUUUUUCUGCCUUUAUGACAGAAAACUGAAUAUUUUCUGGUUUUAGACAAAGCAAGACGCGAUAAAUUGGUCUAUAAAAUAUCAAGCAACAAAUUGAUUAACUAAAAAAAUGAUCAUUUUAUUGAUAAAUCAUUGCAGCUCUACAGUCAUAGUUUCCUUAUAAUCAACUAGCUGUCAAUUAUGGAUGAAAUUCUCUGAUUUCAGCUUCCUAAACUUGAAUAUUUUAAAUUUUUUCUGCUUUUAUGACAGAAAACUGAAUAUUUGGGGGUUUAUGGUCAAAACAGUCGGCAUUUUUCACCAUUUUCUUACAAAAAAAUCUACGUUUUUCAGCAUUUUCUUACAUUUUCUAGACCAAACAACCAAUUUUAUUAAAUGUGACACAAGACGACGACGCAUCGAGACGUUUAUUUACGGCUCAAAAAAGAAAAAUGCAUCAGAUUCAUGUUAAAAUAUGAAAUCAUAUUAUCACUUUAUCUUGAUUCAAUCUUGAUGAAAGCCUGUGUAAACAGAAAACACACAGAAUGUAUUGAUUUGUGCAGAGAAAAUAUCUUUUUCAAAGCUCCACCAACCCUCAUAUCGACUCAAACGGUUCUUCUAAGUACACCUGAGGUUCUUCUUAAAUCAUCCCAAACCUGAAAAUCUGGCUCUAAUUCAUUAGUUUAUUGUUAACAGUUUAAUUAACCAACAUCUAUUUCAAAUAUUCAUAAAUUUUUUUGUGAAAAAAGUCUAAAUUCUCUGAUUCUAGUCACUUAAAUUUGAAUAUUUACAGUUUUUUUUCUGCCUUUUUGACAGAAAACUGAAUACUUUGGGGGUUUCAGACAAAUCAAGACACGAUAACUUUGUCUAUAAAAUGUCAAACAACAAUCGAUUAACUAAAAAAAUUAUCAUUUUAUCGAUAAAUUAUUGCAGCUCUACAGUCACAGUUUCCUUCUAAUCAGUUAGCUGUCAACUAUGAAUGAAAUUCUAUGAUUUCAGCUUCCUAAACUUGAAUAUUUUCAAUUUUUUCAGUAUCUACAGCAUCACACAGGAAUAAAUGUACUGGAUGUCCAUGUCCUUAAUAAACUGUCCUGAAUAAAUACAUUAUUAAUUCAAGGGUUUAUGGUGAGUUCAAGACAGGAACCUGGAGUUUCCUCAUACUGCAGGGAGAUUCAAGUCACGUGUUGAAAAUUAGCAUACUUAUAUCAGUAAAUAAACUAUAAAGAUCAGAUUUACUGAUGCAAUUCCUUUUUUAUGUACAUAUAACCAAAAAUAUAUAUAAAUUUAACCCUGUUCAUCAUGAUAAAUGUUCAACCAAACCUUUUCCCAGCCAGUUUCAGCUUUUUUCUGGCUGUAAUUCACAUUUUGGUUAGAGGCAGAAGUUCAAAUAAAUCAGAAAAUCUCAUUUAAAAAGUAAACCGCAGUUUGUUUUGUUUUUUCUCUAAUUUUUUUCCCUUCAUUGUUUUAAGCAAAAUAUCUGAAAAACUCUGAAGUCCUUAAAAUUUUGUUUUUUUCCCCCAUUUAUUUAUUUUUCCUCCAUAUUACAUAAACAGGAAAAUCUCAACUUGUUCAUCAUGAUAAAUGUCACCAAACCAUUUUACCCACCAAGUUAUUGGAAGUUUUUUGGUUUAUAAAACUGUAAACCUCAGUCUUACUGAUGCCUCUGCUUUUUUCUCCAUUUUUACCACCAUUACAGAAAUAAACUAUAAAAGUUUAACUUGUUCGUCGUGAUAAAUGUUCAAACAAAUGUCAUCAAACCUUUUCCCUCAGAAAAGUUUUUGGUUUAUUCUGGGCUUCCAAACAGUUUAAACAGUAAACCACAGUCCAACUGAAGUCCUUGUUUGUUUGUUUGUUUGUUUAUUUAUUUAUUUUCCAUGACACAUAAAUAAACUGGAAAAUCUCAGCUCCAUUGUGAUUAAUGUCAUCAAACCAUUUUCCCAGCCAAGUUAUUGGAAGUUUUUCUUUUAUUCUGGGCUUCCAAAGCAGCUUUCUGGCUUCCAUUGUUUUCUCACACGUUCACACUUGAAACUGAAUUUUAAAUAAAUCAUAAAAUCUAAUUUCCACUCAGUAAACCUCAGUCCCACUGACGCCCUUCUGUGUGUGUGUUUUUUCCCAUCCCCAAAUGAGAACUCUAGAGAGCGUCACACGGGCACGGCGGGGUCAGUGACCGCGCACGCCGCCUGUUUAUCUGUAUGAGAGGUCCUCGGGAGCGCGCCCCCCCUGGCCGAGGAAGGUGAGCGAGUGUCUGGAGGGGAGGACUCGGGAGCGCGACCAGCCGAGGGAUCGAUCGGAUUAAACUCGAUUUGAGUGAAAUUAACACAAAGGAGAGAAGAGCAACGCACACUAGUCGGCGAGGUCGCGGAUGCGAGACACGCCGGAGACGUAUUUCAUGAAAAACAAAAAAAACUUGAACUUUUUUCAUCUGUUUAUUUAUAUUUCAAACUGAAAAAAGGACCACGGUGGAUUUUUUUUCAAGCAAGCGGAGAUACUAACCCUACUAACGAGGAGUUGAUUUGAUAAAAAGCCCGAAGUGACCGAGCUUGCUGGGAACCUUAAUGAGGAUCAUGGAGUAGAAAGCUUCAAAUUAGCAGCUAUCUGAUUAGCUCCUCACUGCACAACACACCUCCCUCCAUCCAGUCCCCUCCAUCUGUGGGCCCCCCACCCAGCCAUGGCGGACCCAGGGAUGUUGAGCUUAUUCGGGGACGAUGCAGGGCUGUUCUCAGAUGGAUUAGAUGGUUUAGGAGACUGCUUUCCUCAGCAGCCAGCCCCUGGCCAGUCCAACCCUUUAGCGCAGCAGACUAAUCCCUCUCUGAACCACGAGCACCAGGGAAACAGGGGUUACCACCAGGGGAUGAUCCAUGGUGCCGGGCCCGGCCCAGGGCAGGCGAAAAUGGCUCAGAUGUACGACCACGGCCCCUACACAGGCUACGAUCAGUCUGGAGCCCCUGGAGGACGAAUGAUGGCCCAGAACGGACCCAGCCAGGGGCCGCCAAAUGUGAACACAGCCAUGAAUGGCAUGGCCUCCCACUACCACAACAACCCGGCAAACUCUAGCAACCCCCACCAUGGGUACCAGGGUGAUGCUGGGGGAGGAGGAGGUGGGGGUGCAGUUUGGGGCCAGCAACAGCAGAGCAGAUCAGCUUAUCAGCAGGCUCCGGCACAACCAGGGGGUGCCUCCAACCAGAUGGGAGGCUACCAGAUGUCUCAAGGCAACUAUGGCGGGAUGCAAGGUCCGCCUACAUCCAAUGCAGCUCGCAUGAACCAACACUACCCUCCACAGAGCAUGGCGCCUCCUCCUGCUCAGGACCCAUCUCACUACUUGGGACACGUUGGGAUGACGGGGACCCAGAUGAGACAGCCUCAGCCCCAGGGUUAUCCCAACAUGGGCCACACACCCCAAUACCCACACUCCCCUUCUCGACAGCCUCCACACCCCCACCAGCACCAACAGGGCAUGGGGGGAUUUGGGGGCGCUCAGUUCUCUGGCUAUCAGGCCCAGUAUGGAGCCAUGGGACCCGGGAUGGGCCAGGGCGCUAAUGCUAAUGUCAGUGCUAACACCAGCCAGGCCAUGGGACCAGGGCAGCUUGGCCAGAGGUUUAACCAGGGAUCAGGCCCAGCACAGGGGCAACAGGGGCAGCGAUACCCCACUGGACCACCACACCAACCCCAACCCCUUCAGACCCAUUCUGCCCCGAUGCAGCAGCAGGCAGGGCAGCAGAGCCAGCCUAUGCACCCCCUAAACCACCCCCAGCACCCUCAGAACCUGCCCCAGCCACAAAAUCAACCCCAGUCCCACCUUGCCACCCCAGCUCAGGGAUCUUACCCCUCCCCUUCUUCCAUGUCCCCCAUGCGGGUUUUGGGAACACCAACCCCUCCUCCACAACAGGGCAGACCCCCUAGCGCAGGACUAGCCGGGCCCCCAGAGGUUGCAGGAUACACGGCCCUGCAGUCUCCACCCAACGCUAUGGCCCAUCCACAGAGAACUCCCCAGACCCCACUCUCUGCCCCACACUCCCAACACCAGCAGCCCCACACCAUGCCUCCAAGUGCAGGGCAGAUGUAUCCCAGCAUGGGGCCGCAGCGUGGUCCACAAAUGGGACCAAACAGGCCUCAGCUCCAGCAGCAGCAAGGGCCUCAUGAAGCUCCAGUCAGUCAGGGGGGAGACCAGCGUCUGCUCCAGGCCCAGCAGCAGGCCUCUCGAAGCGGGCAACCCAUGCAGCCUGCUCCCAUGGGUUUCCAGGGUCCACCUGUCGGUCAGCACGGAGCCCCUGCCCCGAACCAGGGCCUGGUGCCGCCAGCCCAGAACGCUCAGACGCAGCACGCACAUCUGCCCCCGCACCCCCACCACCUGCAGAGCACGCCCCCGCCCCCCAACCAGGUCUCCCACCCAUGGGCACCUCCGCCCGCCACCUCCCACCCGCUCUCCUCACCCCCUCUUACCCCACAGAAAGUGCCUCACAUACAGCAUUCCCCCACGGACCCGUCAGGUGAUGCCUCAAUGAUGGUUCCUGACAGGCCGACGGUCGGCACCGGAGCCCCCGGCCAGCCUAUCAGCACAGAGAAGCCCAGCAACCAGGAGACCAAGCCAAAAAAGAAGAAGAAGAAGAAAGCUAAAGCAGCGGAUGGAGAGGAAGAAGAGGGAGGGAAGAAGGCGGUGAGAGAAAGCGGAGAGGAAGACGUAAAGUCAGAAUUUCCGGGAACAGGAAGUGAUGCAGGUGAACAGGUUACUGGCACAGGAACGGUGGAGGGAAGUUCGCCGCCGGUGGAGGAGAAGAAAAAGCGGAAAAAGAAACCAAAGGAGAAGGCAGAGGGCAAGGAGCCCAAAGAGCCUAAGACCCCGAAGACGCCCAAAACACCCAAGACCCCCAAAGAGCCCAAGGAGCCCAAGGAGAAGAAAGCCAAGAGCUCCACGCCCAAGACCAAGACUCCCAAGAAGACCAGCAGUAAAAAGGUGGAGUCGGAGGGCGGGGCUAACGCUGCUAAGAAGGAUUCUAAGAGGAAGAGAGAGUCGUCAGUCAGCGAUGACGUGGAGGUGAAGUCUCCACCCCCCUCUCCUCCCGAAGAAGAUGAUGAUGAUGGUGUGCAGAAGCGUCGCUCCAGCCGUCAGGUGAAGAGGAAGAGGUACACAGAGGAUCUGGAGUUUAGGAUCUCUGAGGAUGACGACAGCGGAGACGACUCGGCGGCACCAAAAUCCCCGUCGUCCUCAUCACAACAACAGGACGUGGCCGAGGCUGAGGGGCCUGUUGUGGAGAAGAUCAUGGGCUUGCGCACCUCCAAAAAACAGCUGGAGUCGGGGGAGGAAGUGGAGGUGGAGGAGUUCUACGUCAAGUUCAAGGGCUUUUCAUACCUCCACUGUCGCUGGGCAGAGCUGGAGGAACUGGAAAAGGACAAGAGAAUACACCAGAAGAUCAAGAGGUUUAAGGCCAAGCAACAGCUCAACAACUUUAUAACCGAGAUGGACGACGAGCCUUUUAACCCGGACUAUGUGGAGGUGGACCGUGUCCUGGACGUUUCAGAGAGCACAGAUGAAAACGGAGAGACGGUGACCUUAUAUUUGGUGAAGUGGUGCAGUCUGCCUUAUGAAGACUCCACCUGGGAGCUGAAGGCCGACAUCGACCAGUCCAAGAUAGAGGAAUACGAACGCAUCGCAGCACGCACACCCAACACUAAGAGAGUGGAUCGGCCUCCUGCAGCCGACUGGAAAAAGCUGGAAGGCUCCAGGGAAUACAGGAACGGCAAUGCACUCAGGGAAUACCAGCUCGAAGGCCUCAACUGGCUAACCUUCAACUGGUACAACUCACGUAACUGUAUCUUGGCUGAUGAGAUGGGUCUCGGGAAGACCAUCCAGUCCAUUACAUUCCUCUAUGAGAUUUACAUGAAGGGCAUUGAGGGGCCGUUCCUGGUCAUCGCCCCGCUCUCCACCAUUCCCAACUGGGAGAGGGAGUUCAGGACCUGGACUGAGCUCAACGCGGUGGUUUACCACGGCAGCCAGGCCAGCCGCAAGACCAUCCAGGCCUACGAGAUGUACUACAGAGAUGCACAGGGUAAGAUAAUAAAGGGAGUGUAUCGGUUCCACGCGGUGAUAACAACCUUUGAGAUGAUUCUGGCCGACUGUCCGGAGCUUCGCAGCAUCCCGUGGCGCUGCGUGGUGAUCGACGAAGCACAUCGCCUCAAAAACCGCAACUGCAAACUACUGGAAGGACUCAAAAUGAUGGACAUGGAGCACAAAGUUCUGUUGACAGGAACUCCUCUCCAGAACACUGUGGAGGAGCUAUUCAGCUUACUCAACUUCCUGGAGCCUGAGAGAUUCCCGUCUGAGCAGACAUUCAUGACUGAAUUUGGAGACCUAAAGACUGAAGAGCAGGUUCAGAAACUGCAAGGCAUUCUGAAGCCCAUGAUGCUGAGAAGACUGAAGGAGGACGUGGAGAAGAACCUGGCCCCCAAAGAGGAGACUAUCAUUGAGGUGGAGCUGACCAACAUCCAGAAGAAAUACUAUCGAGCCAUUCUGGAGAAGAAUUUCUCCUUCCUGUCCAAAGGAGGUGCAGGAGGAGGAGGAGGAGGUGGCGGUGGCGGAGGAGCCAGUGUCCCCAACCUCCUCAACACCAUGAUGGAGUUGCGGAAAUGCUGCAACCACCCCUACCUCAUUAAUGGAGCCGAAGAGAAGAUCAUUGAGGAGUUCAGGGACUCCCACGGCGGCAGGACAGACAUGCCGGACAUGGCCCUGCAAGCCAUGAUCCAGGCAGCCGGCAAGCUGGUGCUCAUUGACAAGCUGCUGCCCAAACUAAAGGCAGGAGGACACAGAGUCCUGGUGUUCAGUCAGAUGGUUCGCUGUCUGGACAUCCUGGAGGACUACCUCAUCCAGAAAAGAUACCCAUAUGAACGUAUAGACGGAAGAGUUCGUGGUAACCUGCGGCAAGCGGCCAUCGACCGGUUCUCCAGACCAGAUUCGGACCGUUUUGUCUUCCUGCUGUGUACGAGAGCUGGAGGCCUCGGCAUCAACCUGACUGCAGCAGACACCUGCAUCAUCUUUGACUCUGACUGGAACCCCCAGAACGACCUCCAGGCCCAGGCGAGGUGUCAUCGUAUCGGCCAGUCCAAAGCGGUGAAGAUCUACCGUCUGAUCACCAGGAACAGCUACGAGAGGGAGAUGUUCGACAAGGCCAGUCUGAAGCUGGGGCUCGACAAGGCCGUCCUCCAGAGCAUGAGUGGACGAGAGAACGCCAACAGUGGGGUCCAACAGUUGUCCAAGAAGGAGAUUGAGGAUCUGCUGAGAAAAGGAGCGUAUGGAGCUCUCAUGGACGAGGAAGAUGAAGGCUCAAAAUUCUGCGAGGAAGACAUUGACCAGAUCCUCCAGAGACGAACCCACACCAUCACUAUCGAGUCAGAGGGCAAAGGGUCUACUUUUGCGAAGGCCAGUUUUGUUGCAACGGGUAACCGAACAGACAUUUCUCUGGAGGAUCCAGACUUCUGGCAGAAAUGGGCCAAGAAGGCUGAGCUGGACAUGGACGCCAUCAAUGGACGGAACACGCUGGUUAUCGACACGCCGAGGGUGAGGAAGCAGACGAGGCACUACAGCAGCGUCAAAGAGGAAGAGAUGCUGGAGUUCUCAGAGCUGGAGAGCGACGAGGACGAACCGAGCAAACCUUCGUCCAAACCGCGGCGGCCCCAAGACAAAGCCCAGGGGUACCCCCGAUCCGAGUGCUUCAGGGUGGAGAAGAACCUGCUGGUCUACGGGUCAGUCUCACGUUUCCUACUCAUAAAUAAAAUAAAUGGCAUGGUGGAGCACUGUGUGCUGGAUGUCUGGAUUCCCCAGCCGUUCCACGCCGAGGUCCCGGCUGACUGGUGGGACAGCGAGGCCGACAAAUCCCUGCUCGUCGGCGUCUUCAAACACGGCUAUGAGAAGUACAACUCCAUGCGAGCCGACCCCGCCCUGUGUUUCUUGGAGCGGGUGGGCAUGCCGGACGCCAAAGCCAUCGCCGCCGAGCAGAGGGGCUCCGACAUGAUGACAGAUGGCGUUGAGGGCGAGGACGAGGAUCCAGAGUACAAGCCGCUGCGCAUGCCUUUCAAAGAUGACUUGGACGACUUCACCAACUCUCCACUGGACGACAAAGAUGAAACUGUGGAGGGCGAGACUGGAGCUAAAUCAGGUGAAAACGGACAAAGCGCACCUGGUGUAGGAGGAGCUUCGGGCUCCAGCGAGCGUCUCUAUUGGCCAGCAGCCUCAGCUCUGACAGCUCGUCUGCGUCGCCUCAUCACGGCCUACCAGCGCUCCAACCGCAGAGAGCAGCUCCGUCAGGAGGCCCUCAACCGACCUGACGGCCGCCGGCGACGACGCAGGGAGUUCCUGCCCUCCAUGGCCAUGGUCGCUGAGACUGGAGGAGCAGCAGCUUACAUCCAAGAUGGAGCAGGGGUGUUCAUGACAGAUGGAAGCCCCUAUCUGGCCAAAGGAGGCGCUUACUUUGCCAAAGGUGGACAGUUCAUGCCAGAGGCGUCGCCAGUGAUGACCGCCAGCUCCCUGAUGGCCGAUGGAGCCAUGUACUACAAGGAGAGAAGACAGAGAUGGACUCGUCGUGAGGAGGCUGACUUCUAUCGUGUUGUCUCCACAUUCGGAGUCGUCUUUGACACCCAGCGUCAGAAAUUUGAUUGGACACAGUUCAGGGCCUUCGCUCGACUGGACAAGAAAACAGACGAGAGCUUGGAGAAAUAUUACUACUCAUUCAUCGCCAUGUGCAAACGGGUCUGCAGGAUGCAGAUCAAGACUGAAACUGAACUCCCUGACCCGACCCUGAUCAUCGACCCCAUCACAGAGGAGCGUGCCUCCCGGACCUUGUACCGCAUCGAGCUGCUCCGUCGCAUCCGAGAGCAGGUCCUUCCUCAUCCACUGCUCUCUGAGCGCCUCAAGCUCUGCCAGCCUUCUCCAGACCUCCCAGAGUGGUGGGAGUGCGGACGUCACGACCGAGACCUCCUCCUGGGGGCGUCCAAGCACGGAGUGAGCCGUACAGAUUAUCACAUCCUGAACGACCCCGCCUUGGCCUUCCUGGAAGCCCACCAGCGCUUUACCAGCCAGCGGGGGGCCGGAGCUGCCGUCGGAGAGAUGACCAAAGCCAGCAUGGCGGCGUCAGAAGCCACCUCUGCUCCACUCCUCACCCCUGCAGAGCUGGCGAGUGCUGCAGCUGCUGCCAAAAUUGCUGUUAACGUGGCUAAAGAAGAGGAGGGUCAGGAGAAAGGUGUGAAGACGGAGGAAGGGAAAGCAGAGACGGAGGUGAAAAUGGAAACGGAAGGAGCAGAUGCCAACGACAUUCCGUGUACCAAGACUGAAGCCCUCGAUGAGUUAAAGGAAAAUGAGGGAGAGGUCAAAGAAACGACGGAUGAAAGGGCCGCUUCGCCAGAGAAGGUGAAGAAAGAAGAGGAGGUCCAGCCAAAAGUGGAGAAAGAGGAGCAGGAAGAACAAAAGCAGGAGCAGAGCAGAGAGGAAGAGAAGAAACCCGAAAAUGACCAAGACAAAGACUUGACUGAAGAGAAGAGCAGCUCGAGUCCUGCUGAGUCUCACAGCGACCAGAAGGAGACGACCACCGAGGUGCCAGAACGUCCUGACUCUCCUCCCAAAGCAGAGCCGAGCCACAAGCCUGCAGAGGAGGAAGACAGGGAGGAGAAGGAGAACCCAGAGUCUCCUAAAUCUCCAAAGUCUGCCGACACAGAGAAGAGCCCUGAGGAGGAAGAGGAGGAGAGGCUGGAUGAAGACGACAAAUCUGAGAAAUCCUCUCAGGCUGAAGCGAGUGCUGCAUCAGAGCAGAAGAACUUCGACGAGGAGAGCAUCGCGUCUCUGAGCACGUCGGCCCGAGAUGAAACCAGAGAUGGGUUCUGCCCUGACGACCUGCCAGAAACUUCAGCCCUGCAGGCCUUACAGGACCGAGCCUACGCCUUCUCCUUCUGGCCUAAGGACCGAGUGAUGAUCAACAGGAUGGAUAACAUCUGCGAGGUGGUCCUGAAGGGCAAGUGGCCUGUCAACAGACGUCACGUCUUUGACUUCCCCGGCAACCUGUUGCCAGGGCACGGCUCCACGGCAACCGCAGCGGCCGUAGCCACGGCGACCGACAGCCCGCUGCAGAGGCGGAGCCUGGCCGAGUUGACGAUGGCCGGCCUCCACACGGCGUACAGCGGGAGUGAAGAUAAAACACUAUCACCACAGGUUCAUGAGGACGCUCUGAGCCUGACGGUGCCUCGUCAGAGGAGGAGGAGGAGGAGAAAGAUUGAGAUUGAGGCGGAGAGGGCAGCCAAGAGACGCAACCUGAUGGAGAUGGUGGCUCAGCUGAGAGAAAGCCACGCUGCCGCCGAGUCCCAGAGCCAAGCUAUAGACCUCACCAAGGGUAUGCACCAUCACCACAAGGCCUCUCCCUCAUUGGCCGGUUUCCCCAGCGCCCUGGUGGCAAACCCCUCCCUCAAAGCCCAGAUGGAGCUGCUGCAGCAAGCCCCGCCCUCGGCACACAGAGCCAACGGUUCGCUGGACGCCGACCUGCCCAUCAUGAGGAGGAGGCGGGGCCGCAGGAAAAAUGUGGAGGGCCUGGAGCUGCUGUUCAUGAGCAACAAGAGAGCCGGAGGGGAUGAUGCCGACGGAGUGAAGGUUUCAGGUGUGGAGGGGGCUCAGGAUGCCGCUCGUGCCCACAGACCCCUCACCAUCCCCGAACAGAGCCCCAGUGCCAGGUCUCUGGCCUCUGGAAGUCUGGAUGAGGAGGACUCAGCAGUUUCCAACAAGGAGCUGGGAGAGUGGCUGAGGCAGCACCCGACAUACACCAUGGACAUGUCUGGAUUCACACCAAAGAGCGAAGAGUUACUGCUGUCUCAGUUCUCCAAGCCCAAGCAGAAGCGCCAUCGCUGUCGAAACCCCAACAAGAUCGACAUCAACACCCUGACCGGGGACGAGAGAGUGCCUGUGGUCAACAGACGAAACGGACGCAAGAUGGGCGGUGCCAUGGCUCCACCGAUGAAGGAGCUUCCGAGGUGGUUACUGGAGAACCCUGAGUUUUCCAUCGCUCCUGACUGGACAGAGAUCGUCAAACAGUCGGGUUUCCUCCCAGAAGCCAUGUUUGACCGCCUUCUAACGGGCCCUGUGGUCAGAGAGGAGGGUGUCCGUCGUCGGGGGCGACGACCCAAAUCUGAGAUCGCUAAGGCAGCGGCCGCCGCUCAGGCAGCAGCUGCAGCUCAGGCUGCUCAGGCAUCACUGGCCUCUGCUGCUUCAUCUGCAGGCGGCAUCAACCCUCUGCUGCUCAACAGUCUGUUUGGAGGGAUGGAUCUUUCUUCUCUCCAGAGCCUCCAGUCUCUCCAGUUGGCUGCUGGUCUGAUGGCCUUCCCUGCCCCCACCGACCCCAAGCAGGCCGCCGCCAGCGCCGCCGCCGCCUCCAUGCUGCCCCUCAUGCUGCCCGGCAUGGGAGGCCUGCCCAACAUGGCCGCCGCCCUCCCCAACAUGUUCAGCCUCGGCGGGCUCUUCGGCGGUAACUUAGCGACCGCCGCCGCCGCCUCCAACGCCGCCGUCGCUGCUGCUGCCGGCAACACCAACGGAACGGUGGAGGCAGAAGGAGGCGGCGACGAGACGCUGCCGUCGAAGAGGAAGAGAGAGACGGAGGAGAAGGACGAGGGAGACGACGGCGACAAGGCGGAGGAGGAGGCUGAAGAGGAAGAAGUGAGCAAGGCCAAGAAGAAGAAGAUGGAGAAAGAGGGAGGAGCAGAGAAAUCACUCAAUGAUGUCAGCGCAGCAGCUCAGGUCCCGGCUGCCGAUUCGUCAGCUGAGGCGUCCAUCAACGGCGACGCCGCCGCCCUGCUGGCUGCAGCCGGUAUGUCUGCCAACUCCCUGGCCUUCAACCCCUUCCUCCUGUCCACCAUGGCCCCCGGCCUCCUCUACCCCUCCAUGUUCCUACCUCCGGGCCUGGCGGGCCUCAGCCUGCCCGGCUUCCCCACCGCCUCCACACUGGCCGAGCUGCAGAGCGCCAUGGCCGGAGCUCUGGGGGGCAACGCCGGGACCCCCAACCCCCCCAGAGACGAGGAGGAGGACAAGAAGGAGAGCCUGAAAGCAGCAGGAGAGGAGGAUGAGGAGGAGGAAGAUGGCGGAGGAGAGAGUGACUUGGCUGAGGAGAAGGAGGGGGGAGCAGAGGGGGAGGCGAGAGGUGAGGAUUCAGCUGCAGAGGAGGGAGGGAUGGGAGGACAGGAGGAGGAGGAGGAGGAGGAAGAGGAGGAGGCGUCUCCACAGAAGGACAAGAGUGACUGAAUGAGACAGAAGACUGGCCUUGGACAUUUCCUCACCUCUGACCUCCCCGCCACGUUUACACACCUCCACCAGAAAUAUCCAAACUAUUAUGAAUCCUGUUUUAUUUUUUUCUUUGUGUUGUUGUUGAUGAUUUCUUUCACUCUGUUGUUUAUUUUUUGGCCAGGUAUAUUUACUAUGCGUCAGAGAGGCCGAGGUUUGUGUGUGUUAAGUUAAAUCUCUCUGAUGGAUAGUGUAGUCAGGGAAAAUUGUCACGCCGCUCAGCAGAGCUCGGCUCUUCAAGGACCGUUUCUUCCUUUCUUCCUUCCUCUGGUUGGCCUGUGUGCUGUGAGCGGUGCACCCACACGUUCUCUCCUCAGAUAGGACUUCACAAGGUUCCAAUAGUACUAUUAUUAUUAUUAUUAUUAUUAUUGCUGCUUUCAGCUCUCAAGUCUUUAUUUUUUUUUAUUUUUGCCUCCUUCUUCUUUGUCUGGACUGUUUUGUUGUUGUUGGUCGUUGGCAGCAUCUCAUCAGAAGAAGGAGAACCUCCAGCCGUUGGGCUUUCUCCUGACAUUAGUUCUCGAACGAAAAGAAAAGCAAACAGCAUUACAGCUCACCCAGCUGUCUGUCUGACAAAGCUGCUGCAAAAGGAAUCGUGGGUAAUGGAGUUCUGUUCUGUCUCAGAGCAGAUUGUUGUUUUUAUUAGUUCUCACAUAUCAGAGCAGGUAGACUCCCAGGAGGAAAACCAGACUGGCUUAAAACUCAGUCUCACACACUGAUGACCACAACACACACACACACACACACACACACACACACACACACACACACACACAUCCAGGUGUCCGCCACUACACGCACACACUAACCUUCUGUCAUGUGACUGUUUUCCUCUACGCUGAACCGAUACUGUUAACCCCAGUCCCACACUGAAUACCGAGUCUUUCCACCGCCGCCUCUCAGUCCUGUCUCUCUCUCUGUGCUCGGGGCGGCUGGUUCUGGUUCAGGAGGUGGCAGGCGGGCUGGGUCUGCCGCCGAUCAGGCCUUCUGAUUGGUCCGGAGCCAGCCGUGGUCGUCCAGAGGCUUCUGUGAAUGGACUGAGAGCGGCGGUCCACACAGGGAUGUGAUGCUUCAGGUUUGUUCUUUAAAGGGGGGCACAUGAGACGGUGGAUUUCCCGGUGGCUGCCACUUUGCAGUUUAUUUUAUUUUAUUCGUUCCUUCACAUCCCGGUAGUUCCAGACCAAGUGCUGCUCCCUAAAGACUGUUGCUCUAGUCACACACACUGACACCCGGCCUGGCCCCGAACAGGACUGACACGUUUUCAACAGAGUUUAGAAAGUUUUUCUAUAUGAAGUUCAACUCUGCUGCUCGCCGAGUAGGUUCCUAAUUUUUUUUUUUUUUUUUUUUUUUGGAAUACUUGAAAAGUGCUUGAUUUGUUUCCAUUCCCCCUGAGGCCAGUUCAAGUGUCUGAGAUGAAUCAAGUGCUGCGAGCAGUUCAGAUAUUUGAAAGUACAUUCAAACACACAGAGACACACACACACAGACACACACCGUGGCCAGGUCUUCUUAACGUUUGCUCUCACAGCCAGCCCAGCAGACGGAGAGGAGCGGCUCUGACGGAAUCAAGACACCUUUUCUUUCCCCGUCAGAGACCCUCGUUCUCCUCUCCCACGCUGAGACAGCAAUAACCAAGGCAGCUUUUGAAUGUUCCAACAUCACUCUCCCCACACACACACACACACACACACACACACACACACACACACACACACACACACACUAUAUGAAUAACCACAAGUGUCGUAUGAAUAGAAAAGCAAAACUAAAACUGUAAAUGAUGACAAAUGAGUACUGCAAUCAAUUUUGUCUCACUCUGUUCCUGUUGAUGCACUGGUGUUAAAGAGUUAAAUAAUCAGGUACCUUUAUUACUUAGCUACUUUUCUUGAAAAAAUGGACUUUUUGUUACUUUUAGCCAGCAAGCUGAAGAGCAUUACCUCAAAAUUCUUAUCUAGCCUUGAAGUUUACAGACAUACCAUGUAAAUGUUUUUUUUCCUCUUCAUUUUUUUUCUUUUUUGGUGUGUGUCUUUUUGUUGUUUUUUUUUUUUUUUUUUGGAGACAUCAUGUAUGAUGAAUUGUAGCUAUGAUGCUUUUAAUAAAAGUGAAUCAUGAUAUUCGCCUAGGAAACCAA